AUGGACAACCUGCACGAGAUUGUCCUCAGCCCAGAAGAUGGCUUGGGGCCCUCGGCCAGCCCUGCCCUUCUGUCCCCCUGGGACUGGAAAGACGGGUCAGGGCCCCUGGAGCUGAGCCGGGCCUCGCCCCCACAGAGCCUCUCCCCGGCUCCAUCGCUGGGGUCCUGCUCCUCUUCACCCUGCCUGGCGCUGGCCGAGGGUCCUGGUGGCACCAGCAGCAGGGGCAGCCAUGGCCGCGGUGGCCACGGGGCUGGAGGCCUGGUCGAGGUGGACUACAAGCUGCUGGCUUUCCAGCCGGCCUACCUGCAGGGCGCUGGCGUCCCCAAGGCCCAGCGGGGCCCCAAAGUCAGGAUGUCUGUCCAGCGCCGAAGAAAGGCCAGCGAGAGGGAGAAGCUCAGGAUGAGGACAUUGGCAGACGCGCUGCACACCCUGCGGAAUUACCUGCCGCCUGUCUACAGCCAAAGAGGCCAGCCGCUCACCAAGAUCCAGACGCUGAAGUACACCAUCAAGUACAUCGGGGAGCUCACCGAGCUCCUCAACAGCGUCGGCAGAGCCUAG